AUGCAAGUGGCGUCAUGCUUACCAUGCACCUGUAUGGUAUGUAUCGUGGUUGUGGUACAGUGGACCGAUCAGAAGACGAAAAAACCACUGGGAGGUUACCCACUUAUUCAGAAAUCCUGUGAGCAUUGCUGGUAUCCUGAGUUCUACAAUCCCAUGAUUAAUCAUGUUAAACCGAUGCGGUGCUCCUAUGAAGUGGUUUUUCCCUUGUAUUCCCUGCCUUUCAUGUACUUGCUGUUUCUUUUGUUUUCUGUUCUGUGCUGCCGUUCGAUACUCUAUGUAUUCAUUUUGAAGCGAAAUAGAGAUGCGAAAGCAUUUUACUAUGCUCUACUUUCUAUUCCGAAAAUUGCUGUUGUACAUGCUCUUCUGGCUGGUGUACUUUAUCAGUCUUAUCCGUACAUCGUGAUGUUGUGGAGUUUAUGCGCAAAUGCAGUACAUUUAGCUGCAGAAGGCAAAAUAUCGAUGAAGGAAAUCGCAAAAGUGGUUUGCACCUCGCCGAUGCAUAUGGUGAUGCUCGCAGUCAACAUGACCCUUUUGGCUUUUUCUCUGCUGGCCAUCUCGGCACAGAACACCGUUGUUUUGAUUCGAUGUUUUGUUAAUGUUAAUGCACUAUUCGUCCGCACUACGCGAUCUCCGCGAUCCCAACCUCAUGAGACUUGCGGAUCGAUUUUGUUGAAAGUGUGA